GUCUACUCUGGUCUACGACCAUCACGGCAUCACUCACUGUUCAUCAACGAUUCAAUUCAACCUCUCACUACACAGCUUUAUACUCUCCCUCCCAAAACUCAAACCCUAAUUUAUUGACAAGCUCAAGCUUCAGCUGAAUCAACUGCAAAUCAGAUUGAUGAUUCCAUUUCAAUUUCAAUGGAGAAUGAAACAAACAAGCAAAUGUAUAGUAAUGGUGUUACUUUUAACACUGUUGAUUGCAGAGCUUCCAUCAAUGGAGUCUGCGCACAAAGCCUUCAGAAGAGACCCUGGAAGUCCUCAAUGGCAUCACAGCGUUUUUCACGACGUUAAAGAUAGCGUUCGAUCCGAUGUUCGUCGUAUGCUUCAUUCUCGCGCUGAGGUUCCAUUUCAAGUCCCACUUGAAGUAAACGUAGUUCUAGUUGGUUUCCAAGGCGAUGGAGGCUAUAGGUACUCAUUGGACUUGCACAAGUUGCAGGAGUUUCUAAAGAUCAGUUUUCCAACUCAUCGACCAUCCUGCUUGGAGUCUGGAGAACCCCUUGAUAUUGAACACCAUCUUGUCUACAAUGUCUUUCCUGUUGGACAAGCAGAACUUGUAUCUCUUGAGAAAGUGUUGAAAGAGGCUAUGGUUCCUGCUGGAACAGCAAGAGAGACUGAAUUUGGGAAGGAAGUGCCUGCAUUUGAUGUGGAAGCAACAGCAGUGGAGGCUGUUUUUGAGCAGCUUUAUUCCUAUAUAUUUGAUGUCGAUGGUGCGGGAUAUCGCAGAUCAGAGAUUGAUAGGCCAGUGCCAACUGCAAUUUUUGUUUUGAAUUUUGAUAAGGUCAGAAUGGAUCCUAGAAACCAAGACAUUAAUCUUGAUGAUUUAGUAUAUAGUAGAAUUACACAACUUACGGAAGAUGAUAUGAAAAGGCAAGAAGCGGAUUACAUAUAUCGCUAUCGUUACAAUGGAGGAGGAGCAUCUCAAGUUUGGCUGAGCUCUGAUAGAUUUGCUGUUAUUGACUUGUCAGCGGGUCCUUGCACAUAUGGGAGGAUUGAAACAGAGGAAGGGAGCAUCAGUUCAAGGACACUCCCUCGGAUUCGGAAUUUGUUGUAUUCUAAAAGUCAAAGUGAUGCGGCUGAUUACUCAAGCCAUGAUGUAUUUGUUGGACAACUUGGAGCACUUAUUUCAACCGCAGUUGAGCAUGUUAUAGCUCCGGAUGUCAGGUUCGAAACUGUUGAUAUGACGAGAAGGUUGCUCAUAUCAAUCAUUGUCCUACAGAACCAUAAUCGAUACAACAUCAUGACAAGAGGCCACAAUUACAGUAUUGAUGUUGAAGCAAUCAAAGAAGAGGUCAAGAAAAUGGUCCAUCAAGAUCAAGAAGUGGUUAUUGUUGGAGGUACAUAUGCAUUACAUCAGCAUGAGAAGUUGGCUGUUGCUGUGUCCAAAGCAACGCGGGGAUAUUCAAUCCAUGAAACGAAAAAUGAUGGACGUUUUCAUGUCCAAACAAAAACAUAUGUUGAUGGUGCUGUUCUUAAAGAGGAGAUGGAAAGAUCAGCCGAUGUGCUUGCUGCUGGUAUAUUAGAGGUGUCUGAUCCCUCUCUUUCAAACAGAUUUUUCCUUCGCCAGAGUUGGAUGGAUGAAUCAGCUGAUUCAAGUGAUUCCAUACUAAAGCACAAACCUCUUUGGGCUACUCUUGGUAAUGCACGUGGCAAGCAAAAGAAAAAGAAAAUUAUAAAGAAAGAGGGAGAUUUUCACAGGACCUUUGGCACCAGAGUCAUACCUGUUUUUGUGCUAUCAUUAGCUGAUGUUGAUCCUCACCUGAUGAUGGAGGAUGAAAGCUUGGUCUGGACAAGCAAUGAUGUUGUCAUUGUUCUUGAGCAUCAAAGCGCAAACAUACCUCUAAGCUAUGUUUCUGAAAAGGAAAGAAGGCAUGAUCUUCCAUCACAAGCACAACGUCAUAUAUUGGCAGGGCUUGCAUCAGCUGUUGGUGGACUGAGCGCACCAUAUGAAAGGGCUUCACAUAUACAUGAAAGGCCAGUUUUGAAUUGGCUUUGGGCAGUUGGCUGUCAUCCAUUUGGACCAUUUUCCAAUACUUCGAAAAUCAGCCAAAUGCUUCAUGAUGUUGCACGAAGGAACACAAUAUAUUCUCAUGUUGAUUCUGCACUGCGGAGGAUCAGGGAUACGUCAGAGGCUGUUCAAGCCUUUGCUGGUGAGUUCCUGAAGACUCCUCUUGGAGAACCAGUUAAGGACAAAAAGAACAAGACUACCACUGAACUGUGGUUGGAGAAAUUUUACAAAAAGACCACCCAUCUUCCGGAACCAUUCCCACAUGAAUUAGUUGAAAAAUUGGAGAAAUACUUGGAUAAUCUUGAGGAACAGCUUGUCGACUUGUCAUCUCUGCUAUAUGACCACCGGCUAAAAGAAGCAUAUUUUAACAGUUCGGAUAUCUUGCAAAAUUCAAUUUUCAUACGACAGUACGUAGAUGGUGUCCUAGCCAGCGAGAGUGAGAAAAUGAAAUGCUGCAGUAUUGAAUAUAAGGCUCCUACACAAACAUCUCAAACUUUUAUAUAUGGUGGAAUUCUUAUAUUUGGAUUUCUUGUCUAUUUUCUUGUCAUUUUCUUCUCGAAUCCAGUUCGUUGAUUGUAGUUUUAGCUGACCCGUGCUGAACUUAUUUGUAAACCCACUUCAAUAUGAAUACAGUUUUGAAGAGGCCCCUUCCGGGUUUAUCACAGAAACA